AUGCACACCACUUCGCUUUUACCAAAUGGGAAAGUUCUAGUUGCUGGUGGAUACACUCUUGGAGGCCCUCAUAGCAGUACAGAAUUGUAUGAUCCAUUAACAGGAAACUGGUUACUUACUGGUAGUAUGAACGUUAGUCGAUAUCAACAUACAGCCUCUGUAUUAUCGAAUGGAAAAGUAUUAGUCAGCAGCGGUUUUACUGAUGAUGAAACUUUUUCAAACAGUAGUGAAUUAUAUGAUCCAAUGACAGGAACAUGGAAAUUCGUUGCUAUCACUGGUGCAUUUAAUGAAAGUCCAGAUGUUUUUGGUCCAUCAACAGAAACUUGGACAACCACUAGUAGUAUGUAUCAUAUUCGAUGGGAUCACAGAGUAGUUACGUUACCAAAUGAAAACAUAUUAGUCGUCGGGAAUUCCAGAGGAUCGAGCAGUAACAAUAGUGCUGGUUUAUAUAAUUCAUCUGUAAAAAGUUUCUAA